UCAAGUAAAGCUGAGCUGCUUCAGUCCAUGCGUAAGUCGGUGCGUAAGUCGACGAGCGAGCACACGCGGCAGACGAACGAGCGUCUGCAGGAGCGUCAGCUGGAGGCACCGCGCAAGAGGAGAGGAGCUCUGAGCGAACGAGUGCUGACACAAGACGAGCUGCUCGCCGAGGCCAAACUCACCGCCGAGAGCAACCUGAGAUCACUGGAAAACUAUGAGCGUUUAGAGGCCGAUAAGAAGAAGCAGGUUCAUAAGAAGAGACGCUUUGAAGGGCCGAGCAUUCGCUAUCAUUCAGUGCUGAUGCUGCUGGUCCCAGACGCUCAAAUGAAGGAGGAGAACGUGGAUGUGGAAGGGCUGGACCAGGACACGCCCCAAGCCACGCCCACUUCCUCAUCCUCUGCUCAGGGGGCGGGGCCUCUGUGCUCUCGCACUUACAUCACCUUCAGUGACGAUGAGACAUUUAGCUCCGCCUUCCCGGCAUCGGCUCGCUCCAGCCCCGCCCAGCCUGUUCAGGAGGUGUGUCCUGUUACCCAUAAACCCGCGCUGUAUCGUGACCCCGUGACGGACAUCCCCUACGCCAACGCCCGAGCCUUCCGGAUCAUCCGCGAGGCUUACCAGAAAUACAUCGCGGCGCACGGUUUUCCCAACGCUUCCGGAAACUUCAGCGGAAACAGUGACUUUAGCGUUUCGCCGGCAGUGGCCGCCAAGAGCACACGACCGAAAGCCAUCGUCAAACACACCGUAGUUGCCACCUAAACGCGUGCUAAUGACUGCUUUUGAGUGUUUCAAUCCACAUCACUCAGGUCUGACUGUGUUUGUUGUUGUUGUUGCUAAAUUUAGCUGAAGUUGUGAUCCAAAAUUGUCAGAAUGAGCACUUUAAAAUAAGGUUUAAUUUGUCAGCAUUAGUUAACAUGAACUAACAAAUGAAAUAUACUU